AGUACAUGCAUGACCAUGGGCCUACUGAAAUGUCCAAGCCCAAGCGGUGACUAGAUAGGCCUCAAGUUUCAGCCCGGACGUAACGCCGCCGAUGGAAGCAAACGUAUUGGCUAGGGUUUUCGUCUUUAAGAGCUUCCAUUCCCGGUCGCCCUCAAAACCCUAGAAACCUAUCCAGAAAGGAAGAGGGAGAGCGAACGAGGAGGAGGACGAGAUGGACAAGAGCAUGUUGGGAGAUCUGGACUCGCUCCCUGAGGACGACAAGAUGAGGAUGUCCGCGAUGAUCGACCAGCUCCAGAUCCGCGACAGUUUAAGAAUGUAUAAUUCACUGGUAGAGAGAUGCUUCUCUGAUUGUGUAGAGACCUUUCGGCGCAAGUCUCUUGAUAAGCAGGAAGAGGCGUGCGUCCGCCGAUGUGCAGAGAAGUUUUUGAAGCACUCUAUGAGGGUUGGAAUGAGAUUUGCAGAGCUCAACCAGGGUGCUGCCACCCAGGAUUAGACCCCAUUCAUUUAAAAAGAACCAAGUCACUGUGAUUCUGUGAUUCUUUUGAGAAAUCACUUCAGUUCCAAUGCUGCGCUUAUGAUACCCAUAUUCUUUUGUAACAGAUUUAUUUUUCAAUUGUUCUACCCUUGCCGGAGGGGGGAUGAAGGAAUUUUGAUUUAGCUCAGAGGAGAUUUGAGUGGUAAAACUAUUGCAACAAGUUUUGGACUUUGCAGGUUCUAUUUCCCCAAGUUCAUUAUGGUGAAUUCUUAAUGGUGGUAUUCCUGAUC